AUGUCGGGUAUCCUCCCUAGCACGACCCGUCAGGCCGGCCCGCAGGCUCCUAGCAACAGUGGUCUGGGGCGGGCCUCCCGGGCAGCGGCCGUUGAGCCGCUGGCUGGGCUGAGUGGCAGGCGCGCUGCGCUCCCGGGCGUCGCCGGGCUGCCCGCCCCGGAGCAUGCACCCCCCAAGGGCUGCACCCGUGUGGGCUGGCGGCCGGGCUGCCGCCCACCGCCCCACCAUGCAGCAGCCCGGAAGGGUUCGAGGCUUGGGCUGGUGACCGGCCGCCGCUGGCUCCCGCGCUGCCCUUUGCCCCCACUUCCUGCGCUGCAGCCACCACCGACCGAAGCGCCGCGGAGCAGGCACCCGAAGAAGCCUCUUUCAAAGUCCCUUCCCUCAGCCGAGCCGCCAGAAGGCAUCUCGUUUCCGCCAGCACUGUUGAAAGAGGCCAAAGUGUCAGCGCUCAGCCCUGAAAUGAAGACCGAGGCUUCCACAGUCAGCGGGAGCUCCCUGGGCUCUGGGUUUCCUUUUGAGAAUAGCUGGAGGAAAGCGGUUUCAGAAACACAAAAAAUAAGGAAAGAAUACACCACAACAUUUGGUCUAGAAGAGCCUAAAGAACAUGUCAAAAUGCCACAUUUACCAAGAUUACCAAGUUGCCCAAAGAGCGUAAGCUCAGCUCCAACAGAAGCUCACAAACAGCUACCACACGCUCACUUGGAGAUGCCUGCAAGCAGGAUAAAGAAGACUAAGAAGACGUGUACCAUGGUACCACUUCAAAAGAAAUCAAAAGAUUCUGGCUUCAGUGACCCUCUCACUGGAGCUCCGUCUGAGUACUUGCAGAGACUUUCCAGGCUGGCCAUAUUGGAAUAUGAUACCAUUCGCCAGGAAACAAGCAAAAAAUCUUCUGGAGGCUGGAAGUCCAAGAUGAACAGGCCAGCAGAACCGGUAUCUGGGAAGUGCCUGGCCUCUGAAUUGUGA